UCUCGCCUUCCGCCCUCCGCCCGUGAGCUCGCUCGCUCUGUCACCCCCGUCCGGCUCUGUCGCCUUUCCUUCGUUGUAUCUUGGCUAUUCUUCGUGUCUCUUCUUCCGCCGGCCGCUUCUCCCCGCCCCGGCCCCGCCUGCGCUUCGUCCCGAUCCCCUGACGGCUUCGCAUUCGAGCUCCUUUGAGGCCAGCUGUGCUGCAGGAGUCCCCGAGCCGCCGCCCGCCUCCUGUGCGUCGCCCGCCCGUCCGCUGCCGCGCCUGCUGACGGCCCAGAAUACCGCGCCAUGUCCGCCAACCACAUGGCCAACCGCAACAGCACCCCCGAGGGCUCGUCCUCGCUGCGCCCGCCCGUCAACCGCACCUCGCUCGGCGCCGGCCACCACCUGCGCGCCUCGGCCGACAUGGGCGGCUUCUCGUCGCCGCUGGCCAACCGCGGCAUCCGACCCGCGUCCGAGAUCUACUUUGGCCGCCAGCCCACGCCGUCGGGCAACCCCGACGAGAUGGAGCGCGCCGCCCAGCAGUGGCUGGCCGACAUCGACCAGUACGAGAACACGCUCGAGGAGAUGGCCACGGCCACGCUCGACCAGGACUUCAAGGACGAGCUGAGCGCCAUCGAGCAGUGGUUCCGCGUGCUGAGCGAGGCCGAGCGCACCGCCGCCCUGUACGCCCUGCUGCAGCAGACCACCCAGGUGCAGAUUCGCUUCUUCAUCCAGGUCCUGCAGCAGAUGAGCAAGAGCCUGCCCAUGUCGGGCGUGCUGUCGCCCGCCAACUUUGGCGAGAAGGACCCCAUGACCCAGAAGCUGAGCGACGCCAUGAGCAAGCUCACCACCGCCGAGAACCGCCAGUCGUUCACCGCCCGCCCGCCGCCGUCGCCGGGCGCCGGCAAGCGCGCCUCGGGCCUCGACCCGUCGACCAUCCACCGCAUGUUCCCCGACGCCGCCGCCGCCAUCGCCAAGCAAAAGUCCGAGUUCACCGAGGCCGUUGGCGUGCCGCCUGCCUCGAACCGCAACAGCACCAUCGGCCCCGACCGCAGCUCCAUGCUGGCCCCCACCAUCUCCGCCCCCGACGACAAGAAGGAGAACGGCCCCGCCUCGCCGUGGAAUGACGCCCAGUCGGCGCGUCCCAAGUCGUCGGGCCAGCCGCCCGCCCCGCAGCCCGCUAUGGGCCAGUUCACCGCGCCCCCGCCGUCUGCUGGCCUGCGCUCGCCCCGCCUGCCGCUGCAGCAGGACUCCAACAACGUGCAGACCACCACCCUCAACGCCCUCGAGGCCAACUCGAACAUGGCGCUGCUGUCGCCCGCCUACCAGGGCGGCAGCUGGGCCUCGCAGCUCAGCACCCCCAUGGUCGCCAACUUCGGCCAGCAGGCCAACCAGGCCGACAUGGUCGCCAAUGCCACCGCCAUGAAGCUCGCCGCCCUCUCCACCGUCAACAACCGCAUCCAGCUCGACGACGUCCGCAAGUACCGCCGCGCCCGCUCAUCCGACGGCAACGGGCCCCUAUCGCCCGGCUUCCCGCCCAUGGGCAACAACAUCCUCAUGACGAACGAGCUCGGCCAGGUGCUGACCCCGCAGCAAGCCGCCGCGCUCCAGGCUCAGCAGCUCGCCGCCAUGAACGGGCGCCGCUCGCGCCCCUCCUCCCCCGGCUUCGCCAUGCAAGGCGCCAUGUCCGGCAUGAACUCCUUCACCUCGCCGCAAGCCAACGGCUUCCUGGCCGCCGACUACACCAACGCCGGGCUGAUGAGCAACGGCAUGUCGGCCCUGACGCUCGGCCAAUUCGGCCUCGGCGGCGGCGGCGGCUUCGACACGCACAACAGCGGCUUCCUCGGCGACGAGAUCAACCGCGGCCGCUCGCCCCGCGGCCGCCGCGGCUCCUCCAAGCCCCCGGAGGACCCCACCGACCCGUCGCUCCUGCAGGACAUCCCCAACUGGCUGCGCAGCCUCCGACUCCACAAGUACACCGACAACCUGAAGGAUCUGCAGUGGCAGGAGCUCGUGGAGCUGGACGACGCGGGGCUCGAGGCGCGCGGCGUCAACGCGCUCGGUGCCAGGCGGAAGAUGCUCAAGGUCUUCGAGCAAGUCCAGGACGCCAAGAAAGACGGCAAGUUGCGCUAGUUGCGCUCGCGCCGGCCCGCGCCCGCGCCCCUGAGACGCAGUUGGUGUGCGUAGCGCAGUACUGUGCGG